AUGAAAUGUGUCAAAACAGUGAACUACUCCAUAGUAGUUAAUGGACAGAUUUCUCAAAGUUUUGAAGCAGCUAAAGGAUUGAGAGAUCCAAUGUCUCUUUUCUUGUUUGCUAUAGCUGUGGAGUAUCUUAGUAGGCUUCUUAAGGGGCUUAAAGAUGAUAAACAGUUCAAGUAUCAUCCUAGGUGCUCUAAACUUGAUAUCACUUACUUAUGUUUUGCAGAUGAUCUAUUACUGUAUGCUAGAGGAGAUCUGGAAUCUAUUAAAGCUAUCCAACUGUGUUUCUCUCAAUUUUCUCAAGCUUCAGGUUUACGAGCUAAUCUAAAUAAAAGCUCAAUAUACUGUGGAGGGGUUCAGAUAGAAGUGAAGCAACAGAUUGUUCAACAACUAGGAUAUAACAUGGAGGAACUUCCUUUCAAAUAUUUGGGAGAGCCAUUAUCAACCAAGAAGAUGUUAGUGCUGCAAUGGUAUCCUCUCAUUGAGAAAAUAAUGGAUAGAAUCAACUCAUGGACAGCUAGGAAACUAUCUUAUGCAGGUAGAACUCAACUUGUUCAGACAGUGUUAUUUGGUGUCCAAUCUUAUUGGGCUCAAUUAUUCAUCUUUCCAGCUAAGAUAAUCAAGUUAAUAUAG